AUUAUGCUGGAAAGGGCAUAUUUGGAGUGUAAUUUUGAAAGCCGCCUACACGGAGAAGAAUGUUGAGAUCUCCUAGCCUGCGUCCUGCUUCUCUUUUAAACCCCCACACGCACACGACUGAAUGCUCACCGCAGAUGUAGUGAUAUGCAGAAGCCGUAUCCUGUAACACUAGGAAGACCAAGCAGUGCGGGAGCAGCGGUGUGGGGACGAUGGCAGGUCUCAGGUGUGGCAAUAUGCGGACGUUGGCAGGUCCCGGGGGGGAAGCAGACGCGGCUCCAAGGUGGCGGAGAUAAUCGGCAGUAAGCCCAGAAGCAGGUGUACAGAGGCGGUCAGAACCAUAAAAUUGUAGCUCCAGCCCUAAUUAACGCGUUUCUCUGACUUAAGGGCAGUCGGUUUCAUCAGAAUCUUCUGCUUCCCCACCGGGACCUGCCAACGUCCGCAUAUUGCCACACCUGAGACCUGCCAUCGUCACCACCCUUUCAUCAUCUGAAGUCCAGCUCAAUCUGAGCCACUACAGGAGAUCAGUCCUUGACGGCCGCUGUGUCUGACAGCUUUCCACCGCCCAGCUGACGCUUAGGUGCCGGGGCUCCGGUGCCUUUUGAUCUCGUUGGCGGCAUAUUCAAGUGAGGCUGAUUUGGAGCCCGGCAAGGAGCCGCAGCCCUAACAUCGCCAUUCAGAGCGUGGCUGGCUUCCACACACAGCCAGCGCAAUACAUCCGUGGCUCCAACAAUUCCUCUUCUAUACCAGGUGAAGUGCAGGGAGGCUCAAUCGGAGCUGCCCGUGGGAGGUCAGCCCAGCCGUUUCAGGUGAGAGCUCACUUACAUCAUGUCGCAGAGGUAACAUCUAGCGGUCCGGGUCCGACAGCCUGUGCACGGCUGCUUUUCACUCCAAACUGGCGGCUACUGCAGACACCGCUCUCCCUCCUCCGUGCGGGGGUAAACGGCUGGCUGUAAUAACAUCACUCCAGGCUCUCCCUGCUAACACCACCACAGCAGCUUGGUUUUGGUGGACACAGCUCAUCUGUCUAUCCCUGCAUUUAUUUGAGUGCUUAAAACCUAUUACAAGGACAUUUUCCAUUACAGGAAUAUUGGAACUGAUAUAUGUCCGUAUGGAAUAAGGACUGUUUAGGACUUCUACACAAUAAGGUGCUCUCUUCUGUGCACACAGAUGGCGUCGGGCUGCAGUGAGCUGGAAUCGGCCAUAGAAGUUCUAGUGCAUAAUUUCUAUGUCUACGCCAAAAAGAAAGGGAAACAUGACAUAAUGAACAAAAAUGAGUUCCACAAGAUGGUGACGCAGGAACUGCAGCACGUGCUGACGAACACUCACGUCAAAGAUGCCGUCGACGAGCUCAUCAAGAAGUUGGACGCGGAUGAGGACAGGAAGAUCAGCUUUGAUGAGUACUGGACUUUGAUUGGAAAGAUCGCUCUGCAUAUGAGCCAACAGAUGGCCAUGCAGUAAAUGAUCAAGAAAAAUGUACCAGCGCUUUCUGCUAUGAACCAAAUGAUAAAUUGUGAAUGUCUGAAUGGUUUAUAUAAAAGAAUUACACAUUUAUUAUAAAAUAAAAAAGACAGACAACUAUAAAAAAUAAUUAUUUAUGACUCAUUACAUACGGAGCGGGCGAGAUUUUCAUACGAUUUACAACGGAAUAGAUUUUUCAGAGGGGGUAAUAAAUCCGGGAGAUUGUUGGCAAAUCUGGUUCGGUCGUGCUCCGCCCCUUCUCGUAUUCCCCAACUACUCACAAAUUCGUCUGCAGCCAUCUUUGAUACCCCCUCAAUUUCUGAGGCCUUCUUACAAUAUUAUAACACUCUAUAAAGCCCCCUUGGAUCAUCCGACUCUUGGAAUGCAAUUCCUUGAGAGGGCAAAAUUACCUGUUUUAACGGAAGAGGAAAGGAAAUCCUUAACAGAACCGGUCACAGAACCGGAAUUACUUUCUUUGAUUAAAUCACUGCACAAUGGCAAAUCUCCUGGCCCGGACGGGUUUGGGGCGGAGUAUUACCGAAUCCUGGCCCCCCAUUUGUCACCCCAUUUAUUAUCUCUUUUCAAUGCACUGCUAGAGGGUAAACCUCCCCCCGCUGGAUUUAGUGAAGCCAGAAUUGUGCUGUUUACGAAACCGGGAAAAGAUCCCCGAGAUACUCAAUCUUACAGACCUAUUUCAUUAUUGAAUCAGGACAUGAAGCUUUUUACAAAACUAAUUGCAACAAGACUUCAACCAAUUCUGAAUCGAGUUCUGCAUCCUGCUCAAACAGGGUUUGUUAAAGGUAGAACCUCAGUUCAUAACAUACGUACGCUGAUUGCAGCAAUGUAUAGUGCACAACAAUCUGCCUGCCCAAACGCUCUUGUUGUGAGCUGCAACGCCGAUAAGGCGUUUGAUCGCGUCUCCUGGUCUCAUUUGCUACGUAUUUUUCAUGUCCAGCAAUUUGGUGAGGAAUUUAUUCAUCUAUUUGGAAUGUUAUAUACAUUACCUCAGGCGCAUCUGACUAUAAAUGGUUUAAACUCGUCUGCCUUCACGUUAGGUAGAGGGACCCGUCAGGGAUGCCCUCUUUCCCCCCUGCUAUUUAAUUUGGCCCUAGACCCUUUGAUACGCCAUUUUAUACUAGAUCCUACUUGGCAAGGUAUUAUGGUAGGCAACAACGAAGUCAAGGUGUCUGCUUUUGCUGAUGACCUGUUACUAUAUUUUACCGACCCCAAACAGGCAUUUCCAUCGUUACUAACCACACUGCAUGAUUUUAAUUUAAUCUCCGGAUUUCUUAUUAAUUUUGAUAAGACAGAGGCGCUGGCAUUGGGAGGAGAGGCGGCACAGGAUUGGGGCGACUCAUUUCCCUUCAGAUGGGCCCACCGAUAUUUAAAAUAUCUAGGCCUCUGUAUCCCGCCACUCCUCACUGACCUAUAUACAGUGAACUUUUCUUACCACAUCACUCAAAUGACGAAUGACUUUUUGAAGUGGCAACAUCUCCCGAUCUCUUAUCUGGGUAGGUGCCACUUAUAUAAGAUGGUUUCCUUGCCUCGACUACUUUAUCCAAUCCAGAUGCUCCCAUUCAUAUUGUCCAAACGCGAUGUCCAUUCUAUUAAUAAGGCCCUCACUACAUUUAUCUGGGCAAACAAACGUCCCCGCAUUGCACAUUUUAAGUUACAACAACCCUAGGCACUUGGAAGUUUUAAUCUCCCCUGUCCUGAAGACUACUUCCUUGCCGCCAACUACAGAUACGCUCUGGAUUGGAUAGGGGAUAGUGACAAUUUUGUUAAUAGAGCUUUGGAACAGGCUUUCUCACCUCAACACACUUUAGUACAUUUGUUGCAUUUUGCCGCGGUCCCUCCUCAACAUGAUAGACUCCAUAAUUCGUUAUUACAUGCCCCAUGUACAGCUUGGCGUAAACUUAGGAAACGUUUAGACCUCUCCCUAACGGAUUCUCUAUUUCAGCCUUUAUUGUGUAAUCCACAAUUCCAGGGUGGAGAGGAUAAUGGGAUUGUUCGUGGCUGGCAUCUCCAGGGCCUAUCCUUCUUAUACCAAUUUCUGAAUGUAGAAUGCUCUGCGAUAUUAACUCUAGCACAACUAAAAGUAAAAUACCCCACUCUUCAUUUUCCUCUGUUUGCCUAUUUCCAAAUCCGUAGCUUUGUUACUAGUAAAUUGUCACGAUUGCACCCCGCGGACUUCACCUUUCCCCUUGAUGGCCUGGUACGACAGUCUCCAGGAGCCCCAUAUAACACUUCAUUAAUCUAUUCCCAUACUAGGCGAAGGUUGGAUCUGUCUAAGCUCACAACAGGGAUGGCCAAAUGGACAGACACCCUCCCUGACACCGAUCUCCUGACAGUGAUUCGGUGGUGUGGUGUGCUAAAUAAACAACUAGUUUCAUCUUCUUAUGCAGAGAUGCAUUUUAAAAUACUACACAGAGCCUACUACACCCCUAGACUUAGGUUCCUCACUGGAGUAUCUGACAACUCUUUAUGUUUUAAAUGUAAUUCUCCCGAAGCUGAUAUUAUUCAUUGUCUCUGAGCAUGCCCGUUAGUACAAACAUUCUGGACAGCAGUCCAAACGUAUAUUAAUGUGGAACUUCGCAUUUCUUUUAAUAUUACUAUGGUCUGGGCUUUCUGGAACUUCAUAAAUACUCAGGAUCCCCCGUAUUCCAAAGGGACGAAAUUACUGUUGGCUCGUGUGGCUGCUGCAGCAAAGAAAACCAUCCUAUCCCAAUGGAUACAUUCGGAGCCGAUACCCCUUUCCCUCAUGUUACCACGUUUAACAUACCUAUAUCAAAUGGAUUGGGUUGAUUGUGCCCUGGACGCAGAGUUGCGCUCGCAAAUUUUUUUUGCCAUUUGGUUACCCUACCUGCUCACGCUACCGCCUGCCACCAGGGAAUAUGUGCGCAAAGUAGUUAGAUUGACAACAUGGUAUAAUACAGAAUCCCUCAUUAAAGGCUCACCACCCUUUUAAUAAAAAAUAAAAUAAAAAAAAAUUAAUAGACUGAUGUUACGUACUCCUGCUUGAACUAUAUGGUUGAUUGUCCUCAUAACCUUGUUUAUACUAUUCAAAAGUGUUUGUACAACUCUUUUAUUGGCACUUUCUGUACCUUGCAGUGGUUGACUGUUUUCUCACAAGCAAUGUGACAUACGACUUGUAUUUUAUUUUAUUACAUGUU